AUGAAAAUAACAAAGCUUGGCGAUCCAAUUUCAAUGAUAGUAAGUGAUGAAUACUAUGAACUUUUUCCCUACAAAAAUUAUGAAACUAAUAAUGGAGCUGAUAAUCAAUUAAAUGAACCAAAAGUUUUAUCAAAGUAUUUAUUAUUUUUAAAAAAACAAAAUACUAUAAAUAAAGAGCCAGUGCCAAAAGUUUUAAAAUUACGUAAAUUAAAAUUUGGUGGUACAACAAUUAUUAAUGAUUCUGGUAGGAAGAAAUAUUUUUAUUAUCCAUUGAAAACAGUUGAUAAUCCUUGCGUGACAAUAUGUAAUAAUAUAAAAAAAGGUUAUAAUAUUGAAUUAAUAAUAAAUCCUGGUAGUUCAAAAGUUUAUUUGCCAGAUUUGCCAAUAAAUAAAGAUCAUGUAACUGAGAACGUAUUUGAUCCUGAUGCUAAUCAUUUAAAAGGAUAUACCAGUUCCGAUCCAGAUUAUUAUGAUAAAUUUCCUGCUGUAGUAAGUGGGAAACUUAAGUUCACUGUAUACCAGGAUAAUUUUGAGUUGCCUUUGUUCUUAACAAAUUUAGACAUCAAUUUGAAAUGUUUUUCCAACGAAUAUAUCAAUAUUACACAUAUAGAUAGCCAUCAUAAUUUAUCAAGAAAAAAUGAAAAUUCAGAAGAAUUUGAUAAAAAAUUGAAUGUCUUUAAAAGCAACCCUAGAGUUAAUCUCGAUUUUUUAAACUAUAAAAAUAUCAAUAAAAAUAUGCCAAAAGGAGUUUAUGAAUUUCCAUUCGAUUUUAUUCUUAAUUGUAAAGAAUCACCUGCUACAAAUUGUUAUUAUGGAUCAAUUCAGUAUAGAAUUGAAGCUAUAUCGAAAAUAUUUUACGAAAAGACGGGAUAUUUUGACACCGUUAUCUUAACUGAUCUUAUUGAAGUUAAAAAAGUGUUACCUAUUGACAGCGAGUACCUAAUAAAUAAUCAACUAAUUGCAAAAUCUAUAUGGUCAAGAAUAGGUUGCAAAGAGGAAUCAUUAGUGUUAAAAUCUUAUGAUAACCUUUUGAUAUCUGAAGAGUUUGAUGAUUCAUUAUUUGCCGAGGUAAACAUUCCUUCAAGAAUUCUAGACAGCUCAAUAUUAGGUAAAUUUUCAGCUAUCCUUAAUGUAGAUAAAAGUUUCGAAAAUUUAAAAAUAACUAAAAUAUCAUUAAAUUUAAGUCAGGCAGUAUCCUUACCAAGCAUUGAUAACAUAUCAUUUGAACCUACAAAAAACUCUGAACAUAUUCAACACUCAAAUGAAUUUAGGUUACUAAAGAAGAUAAUUACUGAUGAUAAACCUGAUGACAAAAUAGUAAAAGUUGAGUUUGAUCUCAAUAAUAUAUCUGAGUUACUAUCAUUGAAGAGAACUAUAAUGCCCUAUUAUUGUGAAAGAUCUUCGAUGUAUAAGAACAUGGCAAGCCUAAAAGUGACACAUAAGUUGUUAUUUAGAAUAUAUCUAUUUCCAAUCAAGACAACGUUACAAAAAAGUAACAUAAGCGAAUAUUGCAUUAGGAUAGCUGUUCCAAUACUAUUACUAGAUGAUUCUAUGCUAAAUAAUUUAGUCUUACCAUCUUAUGAAUUCGAAAAUUCGACCCACUUAUAA